AUGGUGUAGGGUUUGCUCACACAGCAUGUUGUCUUAUGUGGGCAUCUCUUGUGAGCCAUUCUAGAAGAGCAGACAUGUCACAUGCGAUGCUACUGCCAGAUUUCUUAGCCAGCUCGUAUUUUCUAUGUUUUUCCAUCAGUGAGUUAACUGUUGUCCGAUAACUAAACUGUGAAUGCUGUACAUCAUCCUUUUAUAAGGCAUGUAGAACAACAAGGCCCUGCCUUCUGACAGAAACUGUCAGUCCUACUUUUUGAUCAGAGAAGUCAUAAAUGACAGUAGCUACAAAUACAACUGUAAUUUCCUGCCCAAGCAUGCCUGGAGGAGCCAUGCAAGCAGUUCUCAAACUGACCAUCAGUGGAGGUGAUUUUCCACUGCCUUGAGACAUUUGUUUCUGAGGUACUCUUGUCAUUGAGAAGCCCUAGCAGGCCCAGAUAUUAGCAUUUCACACCAUUUUUAUGUCAGCAAACAACUCAAGAUGUUGGGUAUCCAGACCUUCACCUGGACCUGUCUGCAGUCAUUAAGAGGACAUUGACUUGUGUAAAGAAAAUAAAACAAUAGAUAAAACUUUUUCCAAAAAUUGAUUUGCAUUUUUUCUUGGCUAAUGCUGUUGGUUUAUUUUUAAGAGUUUGUUUUCCCCUUGUUUUGUUCCAGCUUGGGAUUUGAGACAGCAACUAUUCCUCUCAUCCUCUCAGUCCAGGCUUGGUUCCAGAAAUGAGAUCCACUUGCAUUGCUCUUAGCUCGAGCCUGUUUGAUACUAUGAUUAGCAGUUGUAUGAAAGAAGGCAGCCUUACAUCUCUGUUACAGGCGUAUUGACUAUAUUUUUAUAACAAAGUGCAGCAGGAUAAAGUGAUCCCUUCACAGAGAAUAGAUGUCAGCCAGAGACAGGAGUCCUCUUAAUUAAAAAUAUGAUAAAAUGUCAGGGUCUUCAGCUGUAUCUUCUAUGUGUUUCAGGACGUUGGUUGUCAAAAUGGAGCUGGCUAUUUCAUAUGAUGUUGGUGUUAGUGGUGGAAACACAACCAGAGAGAAUGCAGCUGUAUCUCACAGGAGAACACAGGCUCCACUGUUGACAACACCUGAGCCAUGGCAAGUUUUCGUGACUCAGACACCAGCCAAGGAAAAAGCCAAAGAGGGUGAAACUGUGGUCUUAAAUUGUCACUUUAACAGCCCACAACAUCCUUCCUUGGCUGGCCUGACAGUGAGGUGGUACAAAGAAGAUGAAAAGGGGUGGACAGACCUGCUAGAAAACAACGGGCAGACAGACCUGCUAGAAAACAAUGUGACCAUGUUGCUGAAUAACUAUAGGGUUUUCAUGAGCGGAGACUUGUCCCAAGGGGAUGUCUCCCUGGUGAUCCUCAAUGUGACGACCAGUGACCAUGGUAUCUAUUUCUGUGAGGUUAUACUUCCGGAUGGGAAGGUGAUGACAGGAGAUGGGACAAAGCUGAGGAUCAGGAGGGCUCUAGGCUUGUUUGGUAUAGAAGAAUCUAUUGGAACAAUCAUUGGGGUUGUGGCAGCUGGUAUCGGAGGCCUAGGAGUUUUGAUUAUCAUUUUAAUGCCGCAGCUAAGGAGAUGCAUCCUCUGCAUGAAACAAGGCUCUCACCAAGCAUAGCUUGAUCUGCAGAGCUACAGGAAACACUGGAAGAUGCAAAGGCUAAACACAAAGUAAUUUGUGAUGCUCUGUAAGCCAAAAAGGAAGUUCUAGAUGUAAUAAAAGCUUUUGCCUCAGUA